AUGGGCGGGGGCUCGGCUCCUCGUGCCACUGCUGCUGCGGCCGUGGGACAGAGGCGAUGCGAAAGGAGGGUCCGGGGCGGGAGCGGAGGAGGAGCGGGAGGAAGGGGAGGGAGACGGGAAGGGGAGGAGCAGGAACUGGAACUGGAACUGGAGGAGCACGAAGGGGAGCAGGCCGAGCGGGAGCGGGAGCGGCAGCAGUGGAAGGAGCGUUGCGGGGUUCCACGGCGAGCCCGCAGCUCGGCUGGGCCCGGCAGCAUCGCAUUGCCCCGCGUCCCGCAGGAUUUCCCAUUUCCAAACCUUAUCUGGAUAGAGGAGAAGUCCGCAAGGAAGAGGAAGAUGCCUUGGGACAGCCUGGCAGAGCAGGAGCUGAGCAUGGAGAGCAGGGAGGACAAAUGCCCGUGGCAGGACCUGGUGGCAGAGGCUGUUUUGAGUGGCUCCACGGCACAGGAAGCCAACAGGGAGGAAAAGCCCCAGAGAUGCUGCACGAGGAGGGGCUGCAAAUGCAGCCCAGGAUGCUCUGAGGUGGAAAGACCCAGCCUGUGCCUGGAAGGCAGCCAGAGAUCUGGCCAGAGCUCUGAAGUGGUGGUCAAUGAGCAGCUUGAUGAUGGCAAGAAGCCCCACCAGUGCUUGGAAUGUGGGAAGAGUUUCCGCAGGAGCUACAACCUGCUCCUCCACCAGAGGAUGCAUACCGGGGAACGGCCCCACAAGUGUGGGGAAUGUGGGAAGAGCUUCAGGAUCAGCUCCCACCUGUACCGCCACCAGAAGAUCCACACUGGAGAAAGGCCCUAUGAGUGUGGGAAAUGUGGGAAGAGCUUCAGAGACACCUCUGACCUGAUGGUCCACCAGAGGAUUCACACUGGGGAACGACCCUAUGAGUGUGGGGAGUGUGGACAGAGCUUCAACGUCAGCUCCCACCUGAUUGCCCACCAGCGAAUCCACACCGGGGAACGGCCCCACAAAUGUGGGGAAUGUGGGAAGAGCUUCAGGAGCAGCUCCAGCCUGAAACUCCACCAGAGGAUGCACGCUGAUGAACGGCCCUAUAAAUGUGGAGAAUGUGGGAAAGGCUUCAGGAAGAGCUGCCAUCUGAACCGCCACCAGAUGAUCCACACUGGGAUACGACCCUUUGUGUGUGGGGAAUGUGGGAAGGGCUUCCGUGACAGCUCUGACCUGAUCAUCCACCAGACAAUGCACACUGGGGAAUGCCCCUACACGUGCUCAGAAUGUGGGAAAUGCUUCAACCAGAACUCCAGCCUGAUUGCGCACCAGAGGAUCCACACUGGGGAGAGGCCCUAUGAGUGUUCUGAGUGCGGGGAGAGGUUUCAGAGUCGAUACCGUCUCUUCAAGCAUCAGCAGAUUCACACAGAAUAGAGGCCCUUUUGCUGCCCUGACUGCAGGAAGGGCUUUCAGAAAAACUCCACCCUCCUCACCCACUGGCGGAUCCACACGGGGGAGAGGCCCUGACAGUGUCCCAAGCGUGGGAAGAGCUUUUCCCAGAACUCUACCAUGACCCAACACCAAGGGAGGCAGCAGUAGGGGAUGCCCUACAAGUGCCCUGUGUGCAGAAAGAGCUUUGAGUGCUGCUUCAACUCCAUCCGCUAUUGGAGGACCACCAUUGGAUGGUCCACAGUGACCCUCACUGUGCAGAGACUUGGUCAUCCAUGGUCCUGGUGAUCCAUGUUGGGAAGACACCUGGCAGGUGGUCUCCACAUCUUCCUGGCUCCCCUUGAGCACUUCAACGCAGCCAGAGAAAAAUCCAUUGGGAUGCAAACAGACAUCAGAAUUUCAUAGGGGACAGCACAGUUUUUUACUUUCGACCCAAAAAAGUCUCGCCUUUUGCAUCCUAUCAUUUCUUUGAGUGGCAUCAAGGAAUACUGGAUUGUGUUGGAGGUCUUUUCCAACUUGAAUCAUUCCAUGAUUGUAAUUCUCUCUGGCCCACAGGCAUCUUCCACAGCCAAAUGGUGAUGGACUGGGGCAAAAUACCCAGGAUUUUGGAGGCAGUGCAGUGGAAAUCCCUCUAGAAAAGGUCCUUUCUACCCGCCCAGGCGCACAGAUACUCAGCAGCAUGGACACGUAAAUCCUUUUAUUUUGGCUUUGAUUUUCCUUCAUUUUUCUUCAUCCCUUCACCCAAACAUUGGGGUAAAAUAAAGACAUUCAACUAAGA